AUGUCUUCUGCUUGGCAACCACCCCGCGACUACCGCAACCGCCCCGUUACCAUUCUGGGUGCUGGUGUUCUCGGCCGACGAGUUGGAUGUAUCUGGGCUUCCGCCGGUUACGAUGUUCGUCUUCGUGACCCCAACGCGCAACAGCGUGAAGAUGGAAUUGCCUACAUUCGCGAUAACGUCAACGCCUACGCUGCCAAGACCAACAAGACUCCUGGCUCCUUCGAGGCCUUUGAGGAUAUGAAGCUAGCCGUUGACAACGCUUGGCUCGUCAUCGAGGCCGUUCCCGAGAAGAUCGAGCUCAAGAUCGCCACUUUCGCAGAAUUGGAGGCUCUCACCAAAGAUGACUGCAUCCUGGCUUCCAACUCUUCCUCAUACAAGACCUCCGAGAUGCUCGGCCGCGUCUCAGAUGCUACCAAGACCCGUAUUCUGAACAUGCACUACUACAUGCCCCCCAUGUGUAUGAUUGUGGAGCUUAUGACCGAUGGACACACCACCGAGGAUAUCAUCCCCUUCAUUGCUGAGCGCUCCCGGGAGGCUGGCACUAACCCAUAUAUCGCUCGCAAGGAGUCCACUGGCUUCAUUUUCAACCGUUUGUGGGCUGCCGUGAAGCGCGAGACUUUGACCAUUCUGGCCGAGGGCGUUUCCGUGCCCGAGGAGAUCGAUGCUAUGUGGGAAGAGAUGUUUGUCAAGGGAAAGAGUCUUCCUUGCCGCAUGAUGGACAACGUUGGCCUUGACACCGUUGCUUUCAUCGAGCAGCACUACGUGGAUGAGCGUGGUUUCUCCCCCGAGAAGACCGUCGACUUCUUGAAGGAGAAGUACCUGAGUGAGGGCAAGCUUGGAAACAAGUGCUCCAAGGGUGGUCUCUACGCUCCCGUUGACAAGGCUGUUGCUGCCAAGCAGCCCGAAAUUCUGGUUCUGGACAUCGGUCUGUCAGCCACUCCUGUCAGCCUGACCGCUGGAGAGAUCCUCAAGUUUUCCGCCGAUGGAAAGCAGCAAAAGGCCAUCUUGACUAACCAAGCUUUGCCUGAUGGACUCGCUGUGGAGCCUACCUCCGGCCGCAUGUUCUGGACUUGCAUGGGUGUCCCCGGAAAGUCUGACGGCGCCGUUUACUCCGCCAACUUGGAUGGAACCGAUAUCAAGACCAUCAUUGCCCCCGGACCUCUCAACACCCCCAAGCAGCUGGUUAUCGAUUCCGUUGCCCAGAUGCUCUACUUCUCUGACCGUGAAGGCUGCCGCGUCUGGCGUUGCGCUUUCGACGGCUCCGCCCUCGAGAUCUUGAUUGACAACUUCCGCCCCGAUCUUACCCCAGAGGAGGCUCUCACCAAGUGGUGCGUCGGAAUUGCUGUGGACCCCAAGCGGGGUAAGUUCUACUGGACUCAGAAGGGUGCCCCCAAGAGCAACAAGGGUCUCAUCCUUUCCGCCAACAUCGCCACCCCCAAGGGCCAGUCCGCAGAUUCUCGCGAUGAUAUCAAGGUCGUUGUCGCUAACCUCCCUGAGCCCAUUGAUCUUGAGAUUCACGAGCCUUCCCGCACUCUGUACUGGACUGAUCGUGGCGAGCUCCCCUUCGGUAACUCGUUGAACUGCAUCAAGUUGAACGAGGAAGGUCUCACCGAGUCCACCGAGAAGCACCAGAUUAUCACCCGUAACCUCAACGAGGCCAUCGGUCUCGUCUUGGAUCACGUCAACUCCCACAUCUACAUCACCGAUUUGGGUGGUUCUCUUUACCGCUGCGAUCUGGACGGCAACAACAAGGUGAAGCUUUACACCAACGAUGACCGUGCCCUUACCGGAAUUGCCCUUGUCUGGUCUUAA